AUGACCGUCACCUAUACAGCCCGAGUGGCGAACGCCCGCUUCGGUGGCUUCUCACAGCUGCUGCUGCUGUGGCGGGGGAGCAUCUACAAACUCCUGUGGCGCGAGCUGCUCUGCUUCCUCGCGUUCUACAUGGCGCUGAGCGCCACCUACCGCUUCGUGCUGACCGAAGGGCAGAAGCGCUACUUCGAAAAGCUUGUUAUUUACUGCGACCAGUACGCCAGCCUCAUCCCGGUCUCCUUCGUGCUUGGGUUUUACGUGACGCUGGUGGUGCACCGCUGGUGGAACCAGUACCUAUGCAUGCCGCUGCCGGACGCGCUCAUGUGCGUGGUGGCGGGCACAGUUCACGGACGUGAUGAGCGCGGCCGUCUCUACCGACGCACGCUUAUGCGCUACGCCGGGCUCUCUGCUGUGCUUAUCCUGCGCUCAGUCAGCACUGCGGUCUUCAAGCGCUUCCCCACAAUAGACCACGUGGUGGAGGCCGGAUUUAUGACCCGCGAGGAACGCAAGAAGUUCGAGAACCUUAAUUCGUCCUACAACAAGUACUGGGUGCCCUGCGUCUGGUUCUCCAAUCUGGCUGCGCAGGCUCGGCGCGAGGGCCGAAUCCGUGACAACAGUGCCCUUAAACUGGUGCUCGAGGAGCUGAAUGUGUUUCGGGGCAAGUGUGGGAUGCUCUUCCACUAUGACUGGAUUAGUGUACCUCUUGUUUAUACCCAGGUGGUGACCAUCGCAGUGUACAGCUACUUCCUGGCUUGCCUGAUUGGUCGCCAGUUCCUGGACCCAGCCCAGGGCUACAAAGACCACAACCUGGAUCUGUGUGUGCCCAUCUUUACCCUCUUGCAAUUCUUCUUCUACGCUGGCUGGCUCAAGGUAGCGGAGCAGCUUAUCAAUCCCUUUGGAGAGGAUGAUGACGACUUUGAGACCAACUUUCUGAUAGACCGUAACUUCCAGGUGUCGAUGCUGGCAGUAGACGAGAUGUACGACGACCUGGCGAUGCUAGAGAAGGACCUCUACUGGGACGCUGCUGAAGCUCGCGCUCCCUACACAGCGGCCACCGCCUUCCUACUACAACAACCCUCUUUCCAGGGCUCCACUUUCGACAUCACGCUGGCCAAAGAGGACAUGCAGUUCCAGCGGCUGGACGGCUUGGAUGGGCCUUUGGGAGAGGCACAGGGGGACUUCAUACAGCGCCUCCUGCCGGCGGGCCCGGGUAUGACCGGGACAGGCCUGUUGGGCCGGCGCCUGUCGUUGCUAAGGCGCAAGAACAGCUGCGUGUCCGAGGCGUCGACCGCUGCCAGCUGCGCCUGUGCGGGCGCCCCCGAUGGCUCGGCCCCAGAGUGCAGCUGCGGGGACCCCCUGCUAGACCCCGGUCUGCGGGAACCAGAGCCCGAGCCCCCACCUCCUGCGAGUCUCGAGCUGCCUGUCCCCCUCCCUGGGCUGCCCGCCGAGCCCUUCACCUCCUUGCCUAUGCCUGGGCCCCGGGGGCCUGCGCCGCCCUGGCUGCCAAGCCCUAUUGGCGAGGAGGAAGAGAAUCUGGCCUAA